GUAAUAACUCGUGUUGUCUGUGGUAGAUGAAGGUGGCAGCGUUACUACUGUGUGUGGCGGGUCUUACCGCAGCUACUGAAACACUCACCUCCUGGAAGCUCUUCAAGGCUCGCUAUGGCCGGCAGUAUGAGAGUCUUGUGGAAGAGAAUUACCGCUAUGGAAUAUUUAAGAAGAACGAGGAACGAGUCAACAACCACAAUCUGAAGCAUGAGAGAGGAGAGGUCACCUUCACGAUGGCCAUGAACCAAUUUGGUGAUAUGACGAAUGAGGAGUUCAACACCAAGAUGAAGGGUUACCAGAGGCAGCCUCACCUGGAGCAUGUGUCUGUGUUGGCUGCCGGGGAAUAUCUGCCUCGCACCACCGACCUGGACUGGCGUGAAAAGGGCGCUGUUACUCCCGUCAAGAACCAAUUACAGUGUGGAUCCUGUUGGGCUUUUUCUACUACAGGUAGUUUGGAGGGUCAGCACUUCAUCAAGAAGGGGAAGUUGGUGAGCCUAUCUGAGCAGCAGCUGGUGGACUGCUCGGGCGACUAUGGUAAUUUUGGCUGUGGCGGAGGAAAUAUGGAUUCUGCCUUCCAGUACAUCAAGGAUAACAAAGGCAUCGACACGGAGUGCUCUUACUCCUACGAAGCUAAGAAUGGCCACUGUCGCUUCAACAAGACCAGUGUGGCCGCCACCGUCACCGGGUACGUGAAUCUGGAACAGGAUAAUGAGACCGCCCUCCUUAUAGCUGUUUCGGAAGUUGGCCCAAUAUCCGUGGCCAUCGACGCCUCACACCCCUCCUUCCAGUUGUACGACGGCGGUGUGUACUAUGAGCCCAAGUGCUCGCCGACUAUGCUGGAUCACGGGGUGCUGGUGGUUGGGUACGGCACCUCCAGCAGCGGGGAGGAGUACUGGCUGGUGAAGAACUCAUGGGGUGAGACGUGGGGCAAGAGCGGCUACCUCAUGAUGGCCAGGAACAGGAACAACAAUUGUGGCAUUGCUACUCAAGCUUCCUACCCCACCGUCUAGCGCUUUACCUGCUGCAGCACACGCACGCACACAGAGGUGAUCUAAUGAUGAAUGUAGUCGAACAAUAAACGAUGUUCAUUU